GUGGGGUUCCUCGAGGGAAGUGACUUGGCACUUGUCGGCCAUAGUGGUUGUCAGUUGUUGCCUGGUCCCUCUCCAGUCCUUCCAAGUGAGUCCCAACCUAAGCGCUUCUGACCUUCACUCCUUUCCUUCCCUUUGCGCAAGAGUCGAGCACGCAAAAUAAGAUGCCACCUCUCAGCAAAAUCAAGUACUCCCACGAGGAGACUGUUAGCGCGAUCAGCGGUUACUUUGACUUCCUCGCCGCCAUGUACCUCGACGAGGACGCUAUUCAGAGACCUCCAGAAGGGGGAUGGCCCGAGAUUACGCCUGACCGUCUUCGAGGCCUAGGAAAGACAGACAAAGUCGUUGAGCUACUGCGCCAUAUCCCCUACCUUCGUGGUGGAGAGUGGUGCGACCAAAGCGAAGCGGAGGCUGCACCCAGUGGUAUUCACUUUUAUAACUGGAUUGAGGCAAUCCGUCAGGUCGAUCACCCUGACAGCAACCAAGAAAUUGGGGAUCCCAAGAUCUUCACGGAGCCCCCCGAGGAUUGGGGAUUGGUCCCUGCGCACGUCGUCGGCCUCAUCACCACCAAGCAAGACCUGUGGUUGCUCGACACGGAGCUCGGAGUCAUCUAUUGGGUCUCGGGCCCCGGCUGGAUCUGCCUCCAACCGACCCGCGAACCCGUCCUCGACGAUGCCUACGACAUUGGCGAGAGCGAGACGGACUGGCGCUUGGACCCCUCGUGGGCCAUUGUCGACUUCUUCGAGCUCCUAAAGGACGCAUUCCGGCAGCUGAACUCAAUCCCUCUCACUCCGACUGUCGUGCUCGACCCGAAAAGUGUGAAGCUUUCAGGCAUUCGCGAAGAAGCCCUAGCAUUAGUCCAGACAAUUUAUCGCGAGCAUGGCUGGCCCGACAUGGCCCGGUACCGCAAGAACGAGUGCUUGAUGGUAAUCCGGGAGACGCUGAAGGAACGGUAUGGCGAGGAAUGCCGGCAGCUGUUCAUAGACAUGGACAAGUGGUAGGCGAGCAACGCUUGGCCCGGGUGGUCGGUACGUAGCUCCAAUGCCGUGCACACAACAGGCUCCAUUCGACGCGGACGCCGACGCGGACGCCGACGCGGACGCCGACGCGGACGCCGACGCGGACGCCGACGCGGACGCCGACACGAACAAACAGACGUGGUGUUUUCACUUGAGAGCGCGCUCAGAUGUGGGAGAUGGCGGGGCCCGGAAACUCCGGAGUCCGCGCUGCCAGCUUGGGUAAACCCCGGGGCACUCCA